CCUGCUCGGUACGUUUAACCAAUGGGCUUUAAGUACAUUAUCGAGCAUAUUUUUUUUUAACCAAUUGCUUCUCUUCAAUCUUUUAUCACAUAUGCUCAUUCAGAAUUUUAAUCACUUGGGAAACUCCAGGAAUGAAGCAAGAUGGAGGACCGUGCUGAAAAAAAGGGUGAUGAUUUCUAAGCACUAUAAUUCUAUGGACAGGAUGAUACCAUUAGAUAACUAUAUAUCAACACAUUAUUCUGGGUUUUACCAGAAAGAACAAAAAACUCGAACUAUGAUUUCAAGAAAACGAAGUGUCAAUGGAAUCUCAAGCGAUUUAACAACAAGGAACUGCUCAAAUGAAUCUUGCAGUCAAGAAAAAAAAAGGAAGUCAAAAAUGAGAAAGGUCACAACAUAUAAACUAAUUUCAUCUGAAGUUCUUGGUAAACAUGGUAGUUUUUAUGUCCCAGGAUGUGUUACCAAUUUUAAGUCAUCUGGCGAAUUAAAAGUUACAUUUGAUAAUGAUGAUUUGGUACCCUAUGUAUUUGAUCUAUCCUGUUCUAAUGAAGAUGUUAUAUUAAACAGUGCACCCAACAGAUCUGCUGUAUCAGUAGGUAAUUCUGUGUGUGUAAAAAUUGAAAAAGAGGAGGACAUUUUUGUUAAAUCUGUAGUGCUCGAAAUAAAAGACAGGCCUUUAAAAUAUAAGGUCAAAAUUCUAAAUCCAAAUGGUAAUAUUACGGAAGAAAAGUGGGUUACACGUAGUGAUUUACGUAGUUUUGAAUUACCCAUUGUAAAAGAAAAAGAUGUAACCGAUUAUGAUGAUGAGGAGACUGAUUCUGCAGUGUCUGAAACUGAAAUGGACUUAGAAGUUGAUGAGGUAUUCACAACUUUAACAAAUCGAAUUGGGUCUCAACCGUCAUCCAGCCGCAGUUCCACUCCACAGAGCCGUGGUUCACGUUCUAGUAGAGCCACAACACCUCAUAUGUAUAAAAAGGGAGAAAUAGUUAUUGCAUCUGAUGGAUUUCGAAAAAAAUUUAAUGGAAAACAAUGGAGGCGGUUAUGCUCUGCUCGUAAUUGUGACAAAGAAUCACAGAAAAAAGGUCUUUGUUCAAGACACUUAUCAUCGCAAACCGAUAUGUCCAAACUACGCAACUCUGAUUCUAUCACUCCAGACAACUCUAGCACUUGUAGUUUACCACCACAUGAUUAUCACUGGCCUGAUAAUAUGGAUGAUUCUGAUGUUGAAGCUGCUUCUGCAUUAAUGAGCCUGAGUAGAUGUACAACACCAUUUUCAGAACCAUCUACUCCUCUACUAAAGUCACCUAGGAAAUUAGUAUCACCAUAUGUGGCCCGAGCAUUUAGUGUCAGUCCACCAAUGUGCAGCAAUGUUUUAACAUCAAGUUUUGCUUACCAAAGUACCCCAAAAAUAUCUCCAAGUCAUGGAAAUUCAUCCUAUCCAGUGAGUCCAGAUUCUGGGAUAUUUCUACAUUCUCGUGAUGAUAAAUCAGCAUGUUCAUCACCAUCAAAAUCAUUUAGUACGUCAAAGCUCAACAUGGAAACAAAACUUCCACCACUUGAUGGGUUUUCACCAAUAGACCCAUCUACAUCAUCAACUUUACAAUCAUUAAGAUCUCCAGUUGCUGUUCAAGCUUUUAAACCAUUGAUGCCAUUGCCUUCUACAACUGCAUCAGUAACAGUAAAACCUAGUGCAGUACCACUUGGCUCAGAUGUUAGCGUUUUUGCAAAACCAGUUGGAGCUUUACGUGAUGAGUCUGGAUCAUUAAGUCCAAAUACAGAUUGUGUAACAUUACCAUUAUCUAAUGUCCAGAGUCCUGUGAAACUGUCUUGGUCAAUACCUGGAAAAACCCCAAAGAUACCAGAGAAGGAGACACCACCAAAAAAUAUGAAAAAGACUGGAAAAGGCAGUGUAGAGCAUGUUCGACGACCCAUGAAUGCAUUUAUGAUAUUCAGUAAAAAGCAUCGGCAAAUUGUGCAUCAAAAAAAUCCAAACCAAGACAAUCGAACUGUUUCAAAGAUUCUUGGUGAAAUGUGGUAUGCGCUCACACCAGAAGAGCAACAAAAAUACAGAAAACAGGCUGAAGAGGUGAAGGAAGCUCACUACAAAAAUAAUCCAGAGUGGAAGUGGUCAUCAAAAGAUAAAAAGGCUAACAGAAAAAGUAAAACAGAGGCUGCUAUAACGUCUUCCGAAUAUAGUGCAGCACCUUAUGUCGAAAGUCCAAAGAAAAACAAUAUUUCAGCAGAGCAACUGCAAUUGGAAUGCAAGGAGGAACCCCCUUCCGAAUUUGAUUUUAAUCCUAAAAAGUUUUAUCAUUCAACUACCUCACAAUUCAAUACAUCACCUACGAAAAGUCCUUACACAAAAACACGUAUAACAAAAAGUAAAGCUUUAAAUUUUGAAGGGAGAGAACCAGACGACAAUGAAAGGGAACGAUCUUCGAUCCACGUGGAAAAACAACAGCAAGCUUUGUUUGACGGUGUAAAUCUUAAAAAUUUAUCGUCCUCAUCGAUCUGUUUGCCAGUUAAAAUUUCAUCAGAAGUUUCCCCAUCAGCAGCUCCAAAGGCUUUCUCGAUAUCAGAGUUGAUGAAAGAUGACAAGAACUCGAAUCAAACUGACCGUUCCAUGAGUUUGCUGACACAACAAGGUAUCGAUGUAAAUAUUAACAAUGCACAAUCUGUUUUGAUAUUUAACACAUCAUGCAAAAACUCCUCGGGUGCACCUAUUUCACACUCGCAGGAAGAGUUAGCGAUGAUGAACUACAAUCGCAGUGUGGCGGGCCAGAAUCUAUUAUUGAUUCCCACAUCGUUAAGUCAGAAAAACAUGUCUGCGUCUGCAGUUCCGUGGAUGUCCUCCCCCACUAUGAAAAACGAUCUAGCCGAGAAAAAUUACAGCAUCUCACUUGGAAUGUCUGGUACAUUUCCUACAGUGACUGGCCAAAGAAAUUCUUCGGGUGCUAGAAUACGAUUUGACGAUUCAAAGACACGAGUUGUUUUUGAUCAAAGGACAAAAUCGGAACCGUGUACACCCACACCAAGCAGUCCACUCAAGAAAUCAAUCCUAAAAAAACAAGCUGUAGAUGGAGUGGAAAGGUACAACAAUAUUGUAAAUCUGUCCAGUGUGUUUACAAGAACAUACGAGGAGGAGCAUUUUCAACACUUGUCUCAAUUUUUCUCAACAUCAGAAAGCACUCCUCCGCAUGUAACGUCUGUUAAUACUACUCCCGCCUCGAGUGCUGGUACUAAUUUUAAAACAGCUAUCACAGAUGCAGGGAUCACUUCCCUUUCGCCAAUAACUUCGAAUCGACAAAUUUUAGACAAACGGAGGAGUUUGGUGAUGCAGCUAUUCGAAGCGCACGGCUACUAUCCGCAAGAUAACGUAGCUGUUGCUUUUCAGCAGGCUCAUAAAGAUCUCUUUCCGUCUAAGUGGAGUUUGCAAGUCAAAAUUCGAGAGGUGCGGCAAAACAUCAUGAAGAAAAGCAGUCCGUUAAAAUCGGUGAAAGAGGUUUAAACAACACGUGACCUCCAUAUUUUAUAAUACGAUAAAACGAUAAUAGAUAAAAACAUUAUUUUUAAUUUUAUGCAAUACAUUAAUUUUAACAAUAUGGCGCCUUGUCAACUCAGCAGGUUCGUGCAUAACAUAAAAACACUGCACACAAAUCCUCCUGUGUUUAUCGUUAUCGACUGUUAAAGUUGUGGGGUAGCCAUGUUGGUUUUUUGUUAGCUGUUUCAUGUUUUUAAUUUCUUUCUUUUAAAUGGAAGAUCUUUAAAGUUUAUGAUUGUUAAUUUUUAGCAAUGUUUUAAAAUAAGUUGCUCAGCAUAUGUAAUAUUAUUACCUUUUAAAAUUAGGACUGAUUUUCACCCCUUAACUGGGAUGCUGUUAUCUUCACAAGACGUAUAAAGAUUUAUAAAUAAAAUACUCAUAGCAAAUGAGAAUGCACUAUAUAUUGUCAAUGCUUAAGAUGUUUAUGAGAAUCUAAAAAUCGCCCCUCUUCUAAACUUUUUUGUAUAUCUGUAUAUACGAGUGAUGCGAAAUAUCUUUAGUGCAUUUAAAAAGUUAUUUUACUAAAGUACGCCCUCUUUGAUAACGCCCACUUUAAUAACGCCAACCCCGAUAACGCCAACCUCAAAUCCCCAGUGCGAUUUAAGUUUUGACGAUAUGUUUUUGUUCAUCUUCUGAUAAAAAACUCACAAAAAUAUUCUUUUUCUUUUUUAAAUGUAUAAUUUAAAUAUUUUAACUUAUUUUUAAUGUUCUGUGAACCUUAAAACCGUGGUAAUAGAUUUUCAUUUAUUCCGUGUUAUCCUAUUUAUUGAAAGCUCUCCAAAUUUUGGUUAAUCUUUAUAAAAGACAAAUAAAAUUUUCUUGAUUCACAUUUUUAUGAAAGCUUUUUCAUUUUCGCAUUCGUGAAGUUUGCCAACUGCUACGCCGUUGAUCUUCUAAAGUAAAAAAAUUCAAUUUUUGAAGUGGCCUUGUUUUAAAAGUGUGUCUAAUACUGUUCCACUGUUCUGAUUGGAUAAUAAUCGUCUUCUUUUUCGUUAGCACUUAAGAUUUAUUUAAUCUCGUUCCCAGGGCAUAUUGCCUUUUGAACAUGAUUGGCCGUGUUAAGAGCUUAGGGGUUAUGAGACCCUGGGGACGAGAAAAGGUUAUUUGGCGCGAUGAUUUUUAGUAAUACACAAUUAUUUCAGUUUCUUAUAAUAAUAGUUUUGUUUAUGGCAAUGAGUAUGAUGUAUUUUUAUUCUCGUUUUGUUCUUAAAAAAGCCGUAUUUGUUUCGGUUUUCAUUGUAAACUUAUAAAAAAUCAAAUUAGUAAAAACUAAAA